ACGUUCAUACAUACAGGUCUUUAAGCUUCGUUUGGUUAUUGGUCCUUUAACGUUCUCACGUGACUAAAAUUGUUGAUAUAAGUAGGAGUGAAAUUUGUACAGAGAAAGAGAAAACAUUCUGGGUUAGCAUCUUAAUUCAGAUUUCGAAUAUAUUAAAAUCGAAAAAUGAAGUUGUGUAUAAUAUUUCUGAUGUCACUGCUUACACAAAUAUUCGGUUUACUACAUCGUUGUCCUCAUGUGAAGCAUUUUCCCGAAGAACAACUGAAACAACAUAAAGCUAAUUUUUUUAAUUUUUGUGAUUGUCAGAAGCAUCAAAACAGCAGCGUUUUUGUAACUUGUCAAGGCUUAAAAACUAGAGAAAAUUUAACAAUGGCAUUAAAUUUUCUUCGUGGAUAUUUUAUAGACGAACUUACAAUCAGAAGAAGUUCUUCUUUACAUUUGACAGCCGGCACAUUUAAAGGUUUACAUAUUCAUAAAUUAAUAUUUGACGAUACCCGUUUUGAAACACUCAUUCUGUUUUCGGCAUUCAAAGGUUUAGAAUUCGAAUUAUACGAAUUGAACUUUUUAAAAUGUAGAAUUAAUAAUAUUGUUUUUCAAAAAGGAAUUCAGUUUACGUACAUGAAUACAUUAAUAUUUGAAAAGACUAACUUACUUCCAAAAAUGAACGAUAAUAUAUUUAAAAAAUUCCCAUCGAAAUUACGAAAUUUGAAAAUAACCGGUUGUAAUGUUCAAGAAUUUGGAAACCAAGCUUUAAAAAAAUUUUCUCACUUGGAAACAGUUGAUCUUGGUGAAAAUCAUUUGACAAAAAUUUCUCGAUCCAUGUUUCCCAGACCAGCCAGGAGAUUAAGAUAUCUCUCUCUCACGAGUAAUCCAAUUACUGAACUUCCUGAUGAUUUGUUUGAAAAUAUGGAACGAUUAGAAUUUCUUCUGCUUUCGGAUACUCGGAUUUCUGUUUUAUCAAAUAAUACAUUCUUUCCUGUUUGGCAACAACUAGAAGAAGUUUAUAUGAAUAAUGUAAAACUCAAUUGUGACUGCAACAUUUUGUGGAUGUUGGAAAAAUCUGAUGCCAGUAUUAUAAAGAAACCGUUUUGUAUAUCGCACAACAGAGGUUUGAAUGACAUUAGAAACCCCAAUGAGAUUUGUCCUCCGAGAAGAACCAGAAAGAUUUAAAAUAAAUAUCUUUUAAAACUACAAAACUAUAAGCUGUAUAUGAUUUGAUUCUCUUUAUUCAUAAAUAAGUGAAUAAUAAAAUAACUUUAUUCAUAAUCAAUUAAUUUUUUUAUAAUAAAUUGUCGGUUAAUCACUGUUAUUAUAGGCCUAUAUCUUUGAUAAUUUGUGUAUCUAGUUAA